AUCCCUUAUCCCGAUAACAUUUCAUUUAUUUUCUUUGUAGUCGGGUGGAUUAGUCACCUCCCACAGACAAUAAAUCUUUUAUUUUUUAAUAAAAUUCUAUAUAAAUACUAUUUAUUCAACUCUAUUCUGUUACAUAUUAUAAAUAUCUACAAUAAAAAUGGAACCCGAUUACAAUGAAGAUACUGAAUGGAAUGAUGUGCUACGUGCCAAAGGCAUUAUACCACAAAAACCCAAAGAAGCCGAGGUAACGGAAGAUCAAAUCCAGGCCAUGAUCGAUGAAGCCAUUCAAAAACGUACCGAUUUGGGCGAUGGACGUAAAAAUAUUGAAGAUAUGAAUUUAGACGAACUCGAUGAGUUGGAAGAUUCCGAAGAUGAAGAGGUAUUGGAAAGAUAUCGUCAACAACGUAUGGCCGAGAUGAGGGCGUUUGCUGAAAAGGCCAAAUUCGGUACAGUCAGAGAAAUUGCUGGCACCGAUUAUGUUGAUGAGGUGACCAAGGCUGGUGAAGGUAUUUGGGUGGUCUUGCAUUUGUAUGCCAACGGUGUACCAUUGUGUGCCCUGAUUCAUCAUCAUAUGCAGGCAUUGGCCCAACGUUUUCCUCAAACAAAAUUCCUGCGUUCUGUUGCCACAACAUGUAUACCAAAUUUCCCCGAAAAGAAUUGCCCAACAGUUUUCAUUUAUUUCGAAGGUCAGCUGAGAAAACAAUAUGUUGGCCCGCUGGAAUUGAGAGGUGAUAAGUUGACACAAGAGGAAUUGGAAUUCAUGUUGGGUGAAGCCGGUGCCGUACCCACAGAGAUUAAGGAAGAUCCCAGGCCACGUAUUAAGGAUAAAAUGUUUGCUGAUUUGGAGAAUCAUAUUGAUUUCUACUAGAAACAAUGUACAAGUAUUUGUUAGAAAAUAUUUUUUUUAUUUAUAUGUCCGCCACAAAAUGCAGUAGCAUAAUUUUCAUACAGUUUUUUUUGCAAUAAUAUGUGAAAAUGAAAAACAGA